AUGACUUUAUUAGAGGCAAAUAUAUUGGACACCGGUUUCAGCCAACUAACAAAAUGCAUUCAAUUAAUUGAUUCAUCACUCAAUCUGUUGGCAACACUUGUAGACGACUGGCCAUCACGUGUUGUGUGGUUGAUGCCGAAGACGCUGACUCCGCACGUGAUUGGCUGGAAGUUUGCGAGUGCGGCCAUACAGUGGCCAUCAUUGGCCAUAACAUCGGCGGCAGUUAUGUUUAUCUGCGAUGAGAGGGCUAUUGAGAUGACAGCCAAUUAUGGAUUGAAAAGAUCCGAUGGUCAGAGCAUUGUUUGGCUCAACCGAUGCCAGAGAACAGUCGACGAUAGCCCACAGAUGACGACCAACAACCGGCCAAAUGCUAUACCGGUGGCCAACCCUUCUAUGACCGAUAAUCAUCACCACUUCCAGUGCCGACAACCAAUUGAUAAUCAUCCGAACGGUGGACACAAUGCGGGGACAGAAGACAAACAUUUCUCAAGACAAUUAUUGAUUGCUAGAAGAUCCGACGGUCAGAGCAUUGGUAUUAAAUUUGAUGACAGAUUAGAGGCAAAUAUAUUGGACACCGAAGACAAAGACAUCUCAAGACAUCUCUUCGUUGAGGUGAACACCACUGAAGAGUUACAAAAAAGUGGAUUUUUGUCCCGUUUAGCGAUCCUAUUUAAUGGGCCAAUGGUUUUGGUCAUCGGUUCCGCCGCCAUAGGAUCACCCGUACUGUCCAACGCCGAUAUCAGUAAUGUGUGGUCACACGGACUGCAAGUCCUGUUGAUCCGUCCUAUUCCCACACAUCACUCGACCACACAUACCGAAGACACCUCCGUCUAUACACUAACGGGUCUCCAACUCGUGGGAAAUGGGGGCCAAUUUGCGCGAUUAGUGCCACUCAUUUUGCCCAUUGAUUUAUGGGAAUCGACCGCAUUUUUGGCCACAUGCUCCAUGGUCAAUUAA